GUUUGCAUGUGUCGCUCAGUUUAAGAGGUGAAAGUACACGGGACUCCAAAUAAAUUGAAAUAGUCUUUUAGAAAUGCCUUCAAAUUGUACUAUUGAGUUCGAUCGCUCAAGUUGGAUUUUCUACAGCGGCGAAACUGUCAAAGGCCGCUUUGCUUUAACUACAACAACCAACAAGACUAUUACCGCGAUGUAUGUUUCACUAAAGGGUGUGGCGAAGGUUUCUUUUGAAGAGGAGGGAACGCGGGCUCAAGUUCGAAGCUCAAAAACUUAUGUAAAUCUCCGAACAGAUAUUCGUUGCGAGAGAGAACUUCCAGCUGGCAGACACACCUACAGAUUCCGUAUACCUCUGCCGCCCGAUUGCCCGACGACAUGUACAGAAAUGUACGGAGAGGUAUCCUAUAACAUUGCGUUAGUAAUUGAACGCUCUGCUCUAUUGAGCCAUGAAUUCAAAACGCCGUUAACCGUAGUGCAGACCUAUAAUCUUAACAUGUACCCGGAGAUGCUGAUACCAAUAAAAUAUGAAGACAUCAAAUACUUUUGCUGCUGGCCCUGUCCCUCCGGUCCUGUCCUAAUGUCGCUAACGAUACCUUUUGGUGGAUAUACACCUGGCCAGAGAAUUAACUAUGAGUUGUACAUAGAUAAUCAGGCGCUUGGCAAUGAUCUUAAAUGCGUUAAGCUCUCCCUCAUACAGAUCUAUGAGUUCAGAGCUUAUUCAGGCACCUACAAAUCGAAGAUUUGUAAGAAUGACGUUUCUUCAGAGCUCCACUCCCAAAUGGUACGGCGUCUGUCGAAACGCCUAAUAAAUGGAAGCCUGAACAUACCCACCACCCUGCCACCCACCUCCACAAAAAACUAUAUUAUUAAAAUAUCUUAUGUGAUAUAUCUCUUCAUUAAUGCGGGCGAUUUUCAACGAGAUUGGGAGAUGGAAAUCCCCAUCAUAAUUGGCACCAUUCCUCUAGAACAAAUUGCCAAUGAUCCUGCUCAUACGACCCCUUGGAUUCCUCAAACACCAGACACUCCAGCUGUGCCAGCAGCAGAUCUGCCACCAAGUUAUGACGUCUACAGACCACCAACAUUUGAGGAAGCCACACAUAUUGGAGAGGUGUUCGAAGAUACAGACGACAAUAAUGGGUACAAUAACUUUGUGCAUUCCACUGGGCCACGUUACGAGGAUUCUGCAGAUGUCCCCUUGCUACGUCUGCCGCCGACUCCAACUGCCUACAGAGCCUCUUCAAUAGCCGCUGAUUAGUUGCAAUUUGGUUUGCGUUUUCUCAGUUCUGGCAUGAAAUUCCAAAAACUUAAUGUAAUUAAAUAUAUUUAAGCAGCAAAAUAUUUGCAAACACUAAUUAAGUUACAGAUGUACAUUCUUUAGCAUUCUUUAGUCAGCAGUUUCAUUAUCUUUUGUGU